CAUCCCCUCAAAUGCUCCGCCGCUGCUUCCUCUCCUUCCUCCGCUCCCGCCUCCGCAGUGGUUAAAGGUGCCGGCGGCAUCGACUUCGACUUCGGCUUCGGCUUCUGCUCCGGCUCCGUCUCGGCUAACCCCAGCAGAGACGCGGAGGCCGACAAGUUUGCGGAGGCUGCGAAGAAGGGCAACUUGGUGCCGCUCUACGAGUGCAUCGUUUCCGACCACCUCACCCCGGUGCUCGCUUACCGCUGCCUCGUCAAGGAGGACGACAAGGAGAGCCCCAGCUUCCUCUUCGAGUCCGUCCAUCAAGACUCGCACGGCAUCAACAAUGUGGGUCGCUAUAGCAUGGUGGGGGCUCAUCCUGCGAUGGAGAUUGUGGCUGAGGAGAACAAGGUCACGAUAAUGGACCACGAGGAGGGUCGGCAGACAGAACAGGUCGUGGACGACCCCAUGCAGGUCCCCCGCAGGAUCAUGGAGAACUGGAGCCCCCAGCUCAUCGACGAGCUCCCCGAUGCUUUUUGCGGCGGAUGGGUAGGGUACUUUUCAUAUGAUACGGUACGCUACGUCGAGAAGAAAAAGCUUCCGUUCUCCAGCGCGCCAGAGGAUGAUCGGAACCUCCCAGAUGUUCAUUUGGGUCUCUACAACGAUGUUAUAGUGUUUGACCAUGUUGAAAAGAAAGUCUACGUUAUUCAUUGGGUACAAUUAAACCGUUAUUCCUCUGUCGAGGAAGCGUACCAAGAUGGGAGGUAUCGAUUGGACAUGAUGCUGUCAAGGGUACAUAAUUCGAACGUCCCAAGUCUUUCAGCAGGAUCUGUAAAAUUACAUACUCGCCAAUUUGGAUCACCAUUGGAAAAAUCAACCAUGACAAGUGACGAAUACAAGAAGGCAGUUCUGCAGGCCAAAGAACAUAUCCUGGCAGGAGAUAUUUUCCAAAUUGUUUUGAGUCAGCGUUUCGAGCGGCGAACAUAUGCAGACCCAUUUGAAGUUUAUCGAGCUUUAAGAAUUGUGAACCCGAGUCCACACUUGACAUACCUUCAAGCAAGAGGUUGUAUUCUCGUGGCAUCAAGCCCUGAAAUUCUUACUCGCGUGAAGAAGGGAAAGAUUGUCAAUCGACCACUUGCUGGCACAGUUAGAAGAGGCAAGACAGAGAAGGAAGAUGAGUCGUUAAAAAAGCAGCUGCUGAAUGAUGAAAAGCAAUGCGCUGAACAUGUUAUGCUAGUAGACUUGGGGAGGAAUGAUGUUGGGAAGGUCUCAAAGCCGGGUUCUGUGAAAGUGGAGACGCUAAUGAAUAUUGAACGCUACUCCCAUGUAAUGCACAUCAGCUCCACGGUUACUGGAGAGUUAUUCGAUAACCUUACUUGCUGGGAUGCCCUACGUGCUGCAUUGCCUGUGGGAACUGUUAGCGGGGCUCCAAAGGUAAAAGCCAUGGAGCUGAUAGAUGAGUUGGAGGUGACAAGGCGAGGGCCAUACAGUGGUGGGUUUGGAGGAGUGUCAUUUGCUGGCGACACUCUCAUUGCUCUCGCUCUCAGAACUAUUGUCUUCCCAACUGCAAUGUCUUCUCUGAAAAAGGAGGGCAUCAUGUGUAAUCGGAGAGAAUGGGUGGCGCACCUUCAGGCUGGAGCAGGCAUCGUCGCUGACAGUAAGCCUGAUGACGAGCAGCGAGAAUGCGAGAACAAGGCUGCCGCUCUAGCUCGAGCUAUUGAUCUUGCUGAAUCCGCGUUUAUUAAUAACAUAUAACAUAUAAUAGCGCACACACAAGUAGCCAGAAUUCUUUUCUUUGUUUUUCUACUAUUUUGUAUUUUGGAUGUUUGAAAUAAGCAAAGAUUAAUAGUACAUAAGAUGGUGCUCAUAUCCUACAUAAAUGUUGCACAUGAGAAAGAGAGGAAGAGAAAUUAAUAUCAGCAGACUUGUACGUAUUGUAGUUUUUUAAGUCAGCAGCUGAGCAGAGAUUUUACACUCAAAAUUGUAUGUAGAGAACUUCUCAGUGAUUAGGCAGAGCAGUGCGAUGAGGUUUUAAA